AUGGCUACUGCCAAACCCAACCUGAACGGCAAGAAGGUCAACGUGCUGGUGUACUCCGGAAAUGGAACCACCGUCGAAUCCGUGCGCCAGUGCCUAUACAGCCUCCGACGCUUGUUGGCCCCUCACUACGCGGUGAUCCCCGUGACAGCUGACAUGCUCAUAAAAGAGCCCUGGACUCUCACCUGCGCCUUACUCGUGAUCCCCGGCGGCGCAGACCUGGGCUACUGUCGUUCUCUCAACGGCGUUGGCAAUCGCCGAAUCGAACAGUUCGUACGUCGUGGAGGCGCCUAUCUGGGCUUCUGUGCAGGCGCAUACUAUGGCAGCAAACGCUGCGAGUUUGAAGUUGGUGAUAAAACCAUGCAGGUGAUCGGAGACCGCGAGUUGGCCUUCUUUCCAGGAGUCUGUCGCGGCGGUGCAUUCCCGGGGUUUGUCUACCAUAGCGAGAGCGGUGCGCGGGCGCCCGAAUUGAAGGUCUCGAAGGAGGCCUUAACGGCUGGGAUUGUGCCUGCGAAGUUUCGGUCAUACUACAAUGGAGGAGGUGUCUUUGUGGAUGCACUGCUCUAUGCGGAGAAAGGAGUGGAAGUGCUGGCAGAAUAUACGGAGGAAUUGAAUGUCGAUGCUGGGUUAGGUGCGGCGGCUGUGGUCUACUGUAAAGUGGGCGAAGGGGCGGCGAUCCUGACGGGACCACAUCCUGAAUUUGCGGCCGUCAACCUUGACAAGAGUGCCGGGGGACCGGAAUACGCUCGUAUUGUGGACGCAUUGGCGGAAGACGACCGCGCACGCACGGACUUUCUAAAGGCCUGUCUGGGCAAAUUGGGAUUACAGGUCGCGCAGAGUACUACGACUGUGCCGUCUCUGUCUUCGAUGCAUCUCUCCGCGUUGAACCCGGCGGACACGGCUCAGAUCGUUUCGUCUCUGCAGGAAAUUAUUACAACGGAAGGAGAGGAGGAGUAUGUGAAAGAUGAAAACGAUACGUUUCGCAUCGAGAAGCCUGGGACGUGGAGUUUUAAUGCGCUGGGCGAGUCCCUGCCGGAGAGGCCGGAGGGGAUCGUUGACUAUAACGCGAUCACGAAGCGUAUUGUGGUUCAUGACGAAGUCCCGUCAACGAAAACGACUCCAUAUUUCAACCACAACGCCUACUACUCCAACCUCCGUCGAUAUCAGUCCCUGUCGAAGGAGGGAGCAUCGGAGUUCGGGUCGACUCUCAUGUACGGAGAAGUUGUCACCAGCACGAACACGGUCUUGGAAAAGAACCCGAAGCUCCUACGUAAACUCCCCCAGGGGUUUACGUUGAGCGCAACGACGCAGGUGGCGGGUCGAGGGCGUGGCUCCAACAUCUGGGUCUCUCCGGCUGGCGCACUCAUCUUCUCGACGGUGCUCCGACAUCCGAUGGAGAAGAUGCAGUCAGCGCCCGUAGUGUUCAUCCAAUACCUGGCAGCUAUGGCGGUGGUGCAAGGGAUUAAGAGCUACGAUGAAGGGUUUGAUUCGAUUCCGGUCAAGUUGAAAUGGCCCAAUGAUGUUUAUGCGUUGGACCCUCAGCAGCCGGAGAAGCAACAAUACACCAAAAUCUGCGGCAUCUUGGUCAAUUCGCAGUUAUCCUCGAACGAAUAUGUAUCGGUGGUAGGCAUCGGCCUCAAUGCAACCAACGCCUCCCCGACGACGUCAUUGAAUGCUCUGGCUGCGCGCUUCGUGGGGCCCAAGGCGGCGCCCAUCGGUCUGGAGAAACUGCUAGCACGUAUCCUCACGACGCUGGAGGAGCUGUACACCCGGUUCCUGUACACGGGAUUCGACCGGGGAUUCGAAGAGAUGUACUACAACGACUGGCUGCAUAUGCACCAGGUUGUGACGCUGGAGGAAGGCGGCGCACGGGCGCGCAUCAAGGGAAUUACGCGCGACUACGGAUUAUUACUGGCAGAAGAAUUGGGAUGGGACGAUCGGCCGACGGGCCGGAUCUGGCAACUGCAGAGCGACAGCAACAGUUUUGAUUUCUUCCGAGGGUUAGUGAAGCGCAAAGUGUAG